ACCACAGGAGGUCCAGGUCCUAUAAGAGGAGUCCACUGCAUUAGCCAUCACACACACCCACACAGUAGGACCUACCUACCCGCUGUCACCCAGUCAUAAUACAGGAGGUUAGCUGAGCAGCACUGAACCAUGGGAAAACAGAAGAUAUUCAUGGACAAGCUGGCACAGACUUUCCAGAUCCGUAACUUGCUGCUGCGCCAGGCCAUGGCAGAGUGUCUGGGUACCCUCAUCCUGGUGAUGUUUGGUUGUGGUGCAGUGGCUCAACUGGUGCUUAGUGGAGGAUCUCAUGGCAUGUUCCUAACUGUCAACUUUGCUUUCGGCUUCGCUGCCACCCUAGGGAUCCUGGUCUGUGGCCAGGUAUCAGGAGGCCAUCUCAAUCCGGCAGUAACCUUUGCCCUCUGCCUGCUUGGGAGAGAUCGCUGGAGAAAGUUUCCAGUCUACUUCGUCUUCCAGACACUGGGAGCUUUCCUGGGCUCCGGGAUCAUCUUUGGUCUGUACUAUGACGCUCUAUUGAACUAUGCUGGAGAACUCAUUGUUACCGGGCCCAACGCCACCGCUGGCAUCUUCGCCACCUACCCUGGCAAACAUCUCACAUUGGUCAAUGGCUUCUUCGACCAGACGAUUGGCACUGCAGCAUUGAUCGUCUGUAUCCUGGCCAUCGUGGACCCCCAUAACAAUCCCAUUCCCCAGGGCCUGGAGGCCUUCACGGUGGGCUUUGUGGUGCUGGUCAUCGGCCUGUCCAUGGGCUUCAACUCUGGCUACGCUGUCAACCCUGCCAGGGACCUGGGGCCACGCCUCUUUACCGCUCUGGCAGGCUGGGGCACCGAGGUCUUCACUGCCAACAAGUGCUGGUUCCUGGUGCCCAUCUUCGCCCCAUUCCUGGGCGCCAUCAUUGGUGUGGUGGUCUAUCAGCUGAUGGUUGGCUUUCAUCAGGAGGGAGAGGUUCGUGACAGGAUGAGCCAGGAUGAGAGAGUCAAACCGACCAACAUCAACUCAAAGGACGCCCUAAAGGAAGAGAUGUUAUGAGCCUCAAAACCUCCAGCAUCCUCCAUUCUCCACCACUACCACUACCAGCAUCCUAUACCCCUAAACUCAGCCUCAGUGGGGUACAGUAUGGUCUCCUUGAGGGCCGGUGGGUCCCUUUUCACUCUUAACUCUGACAGCUGUGUGUCUGUUAGUCUGUAAGGAGACAACUACAGUACGCACACAAAUUAUGGACCUCAAUCUUUCUCUAUAAUGUUGCCACAGUAUAUCUAUCUCUAGGCGUCCUUUGUCUUACAUUGUAGCUACAUAGUGUCCUUAAGUAAGAGGGGAGGAAGUAAACACUCAAACACAGAAUUAUAUUAAUUCAAAAUGUUUGGAAAUAAUCAAAGUUUAUAGCCUAGUGUCUUUAUCUCUUCUGUUUGGACCGUAUUUGAUGUUUUAUACUAACAUAGCGUUUUAAUGAUUCCGUUGUAUUUAUAUGCUGUGGACAGAUAGUACAUGUGUCCCGAUCAAAUGAAAUGUGUAUGUUUUAGUGAGUCCAUGAAUUUCAAUGUCAACCAGAGGCCUCAUGCCAUAAGAUUUUUAUACUUUAUUUUUUAUUAAUUACUAAACUUAAUUUUUAAGCCCA